AUGCCUUCAAUUAAAUUGCAGAGUUCUGAUGGAGAGAUAUUUGAGGUUGAUGUUGAAAUUGCCAAACAGUCUGUGACUAUCAAGACCAUGUUGGAAGAUUUGGGAGUGGAUGAUGAAGGAGAUGAUGACCCAGUUCCUCUACCAAAUGUUAACACAGCAAUAUUUAAAAAGGUCAUUCAGUGGUGCACCCACCACAAGGAUGACCCCCCUCCUCCCAAGGAUGAUGAGAACAAAGAAAAGCAGACAGAUGAUAUCCCUGUUUGGGACCAAGAAUUCCUGAAAGUUGACCAAGGAACACUUUUUCAACUUAUUUUGGCUGCGAACUACUUAGACAUCAAAGGUUUGCUUGAUGUUACAUGCAAGACUGUUGCCAAUAUGAUCAAGGGGAAAACUCCUGAGGAGAUCCGCAAGAUCUUCAAUAUCAAAAAUGACUUUACUGAAGAAGAGGAAGCCCAGGUAUGCAAAGAGAACCAGUGA